UGUGUGGUAACUAAUUAGGACCUCUCCCACAAACAGCAUCUCAGAUCCUCCAGGCAGUCCUAGGAACUGUAUAAAAGUGCUCACGACUCAGCACUCUUCUAAACAUUUCUCCGGACUUCAUCUCCUCGGUGAUUCGGGUUUACCUCCAUCCCAGAAAGAUGACUUUCUCCAGCCUGUACUAUCCAGAAUGCGGGGUGGCCCGACCCAGUCCAGUUACUGGCAGCGUCAACGAGCCGUGCGUUAGGCAGUGCCCUGACUCCGAAGUGGUGAUCAGACCCUCACCAGUUGUCGUGACCCUCCCCGGACCAAUUCUCAGCAAUUUCCCUCAGCAGAGUGAAGUGGCAGCCGUAGGAGCACCUGUGGUCAGAGCUGGUUUCGGAGGCUCAUUCGGUUUGGGGGGAUUGUAUGGCUAUGGAGGCCAUUACGGAGGAUUGUAUGGUUUAGGGAGAUUAGGUGGUUACGGGGGCCAUUACGGUUAUGGGGGAUUAUUGGGCUAUGGGGGACACUGCGGUUACCCGGGUCUUUAUGGUUACGGGGGAUUAUUGGGCUAUGGGGGACACUGCGGUUACCCAGGCCUUUAUGGUUACGGGGGAUUAUGGGGAUACGGAGGAUAUGGCCGUAGGUAUCUUGGUGGAAACUGGGGGCCAUGUUAAACCCAGCAGGAACAUCCAUGGAAGAAGGAAAAAACAGGAAAUGAACAGCAAGAUACAGAUUCACCCCUUACCUUUUGCGCAGGGCUUUCAAAAGUGCUGGGCAAACAGGGCUCCAGCUGAACUCAGUGGGAGCUGUGUGUGCUCAGCACCUUGGGCUGACAGCCAUGCUGCAUUUCUAAUGUUACACUUUAUGACUCUUUCUGCAAAUGCUUUCCCAUCCAUAUGCGGAUUCUUUUAUUUACAUGUGGACUCAUUCUGAAUUACACGCAGGCUGUUUACACUAACCCUGCAGUGUGAAGGAAACAAGGGCCUUAAGAUAGGCAUAAUUUACAUUUAUUAUCACUUUAAGUCCCUUUUAGGCACCACAUGUUCUGUCCUUUCCAUCAAUAUGUACCUUUAACGCCUCACUUUGAUCUUUGCGUGGCAGAUGUCUAAUAAAGAAGCUGCGUAGUCCUCUGCUUCUAUUUUCCUUUGUCUCAUUUCCCACCAACUGGGGUAAAACAAGGAAUUUAAAAUACUUACAAUGGGGACUUGUUUGUCAAUCUCUGCAGCUGCAGCCAAAAGAACAUCUGAAAUGCACCCCAUUGAGGUCUGCGAUUGGUCAGAGCCCUUUUUGAAACACUGGAAAUUCAUUCUUUCUGCUCUGUAGUAUUUCUUUCUGUAACUGUGUAUUGCCAAUUUAAUUUGCAUUAAAACUCUGCUGCAUCAUAAUAUCAGUCUU